UGGAGAUAAACUGAGCUGAGGUGGAACUUGGAAAAUGUCUUUUGGGUUGCAUUGCAAGUUAUGCAGUACUCACCACCGUUUACCCCUUUCAUAAUUUCCAAUCUAAUCUUUGCUUCUUUACCUUGUAGCAAUGCGGAUCGCGAUAAUCAUAGUUCUGUUGAUGUGUGCAACUUCGCAAUGCAAUGUACUCCGCGUUCAACAUCAUUUCAGAGAGGGGCCCGCCUCUGUGAAUACUGAUUUCAAAGUGAAUGUACGACUGGGGGGAUGUGACUCAACUGGUACCUGCGAGAAUUCCAUCACUGACACCAAAGUGACCGAAGGUAGUGAUACACCCAUUUCUGGCAGUAUCACACAGGGGUCCACCACAGAAAUACCAGCGUCUAAUGAGUCUAAUAUGACGCUCGCAUACUCAAGCACGGUCUCUGACGUAUUUGAAAAUAAGAAAACUCAGUACGUAGAACCGGAUUCUACUUCAAAACAUGCGGACUCAUCAGUGGAUUCUGAACACGAAUUUAGUGAGAAUAUAACUAAUGCGCCAAGUACAGAUGUCUUUGUGAGCGAUGUGCCAGAGAAAACUGCUGAACACGAUGGUUCCCAAUACGUAACAAAGCAAACACAGAAAGUGUCGUCCACUGAUGUCGAAAUGGAUGGUAACCCAAUAGCCACCACUAGCACCACCAUCACAAUCACGGAAAUCGGCAACUCUGAAUCCGAAUCCCCAAAAUAUACACAGUCGAUGUUAGCUUCGAACACUGAGCCGACUAAGACAUCAACCAUCAACUCAGAUGAAGAUAGAACCGCCGGCGACUCAGAUGGUACCGCUAUUCCACAAACGGAAGUGAGUUCCACAACAGGGCAUGUUGGAUUGACAAUGCCCACUAAGUGUGCAAUGAUUGAUUCUUCAAAGGUCACAGCGGAGACUGAAAUCUCUGACGAUGUAGAGGAUCAGCAUUAUUCGCAGUCUACGUUGUCUGAUUUCACCUCAGAGUACGUUUAUUCGACUUGGAUGUCUGAGUUCGAACCAGGUGAAAAUGCAACGGAGGCCCCAUUAACUACAGUUAUUCAGAGUGGAGUACCAGAGAGCACUUCUGGAAGCGUGGUGUCUAUGUUCAUACCGAACCAAACAUCACCUUCAUCGUCCUCCGCUGCCGCGCUUAGUAAGGGUAGUACUAGUGAAAUGGAAAGUAAGGUUUCUUGGAAAGAUGAAAUCAAGUAUACCUCAGAAUACAAAAGCUCCUCUACAACCGAACAGUAUUUCUACUCCACAUUGUCAUCAGAUGUCUCUACUAGGAGCCCAAGAACAGCAACAGAAACGGGCGAAACCACAUUACUCCAACCUACACGGCGGUCCACGCCAGUACCGGAGGAUACCCGUUCGACUUCCAUUCCAUUCACUGAGAUAUCCACAGGAACAAAUAACUCCACCUCCGCCACACUAACAUCAAUUCCUCUAACCACCGACUACGUGGUCCCUGAUAUUAAUGAGGAUAGACUAACUGAGGUUCAAGUGAGUGAACAGACGACACUUUGUUCCACUGGAUCUAGCAACUGCAUUAAAUCAUCAUCAAUCUCUUGCAGAAAGGCACUCACCGUAGCUAUGCAAACGCGCGCUUACGUAAGUUUUCAGUUCGCCACAGGCAAGUAA